UAUCUCAUCCAAUGGUCUGAGGAGAAGAGCGGCAUAUGUGGGGAAAAUACCAUUUUUUCCCCGGCGGAAGAAUCCCAUUCUAAACACUCGUCAAUUAGUUAAAGCCCGCACGAGAUGGACAAUAAGCUGAAUGGAUCCCUGCCUAUUGGCUCUUCGGAGUAUCUGCAACAGUGGAUUCAGUCUGCUCAGCAAUUCCAGGCCCUCCAAGCCCAGUAUACAGCCUACAACCAUCCGGCGCACUACCCAGAGGCACAUACAGGGGGAACAGCAGCAGCUACACCGCAUAUUGUUCGCACUCAGCCCAUGAUGGAGCAGCAGGAGCCUGCUAACCUGACAAAACCCCCGCCCAAAAAGCGCGGCCGACCACCUCAGCCCAAGGAACCCAAGCCGCCAAAGGCCCCCAAAGUCCCGAAGGCCCCCAAGCCCCCGAAGGAACCCAAGCCCCCGAAGGAACCCAAAACGCCCAAGGCCAAACCGGGCCCGAAGCCCAAGAAGGGCGCAGAGGGCAAGGCGGCCGGCGGCAAGCAGGAGAAGAUCGACGAGAGCUUCAAGAAGGUGAAGAGGAAAGUGGAUCGUUUCAAGGGCAUGUCAGAGGAGGAGGUGAUGAAGAAGACCCUGCCGGACUUGCUGGACUACAAUCUGGACUAUGUCAUUAUUGGUAUCAAUCCGGGGCUGAUGGCUGCUUACAUUGGACGAUGGUUUCCUGGUCCUGGAAAUCAUUUUUGGAAGUGCCUCUUUCUGUCGGGAUUCACAGAAGAGCAGCUCAACCACAUGCAUGACACCACUUUGCCUGGCAAGUACAAAAUGGGUUUCACCAAUAUGGUCGCCAGGGCGACACCGGGCAGUAAGGACCUGUCAAGCAAAGAACUGCGCGAAGGGGGUAAAAUUCUUGUGGAGAAACUUAUCAAGUAUAAACCUCUCAUUGCUGUGUUUAAUGGAAAAUGCAUAUAUGAAAUGUUCUGUCGAGAACUAUUUGGUAAAAAGCCAAAGAAGCUAGACUUUGGUUUGCAGCCGCACAAGAUCCCAGACUGUGAGGUGGCUCUGUACCUGAUGCCAUCCUCCAGCGCCCGCUGCGCUCAGUUCCCUCGCGCUCAGGACAAAGUGCACUUCUACAUCAAGCUGCGUGAGCUGCGGGACAAUCUGCGCGGCAUUCAGCGGCCCAGGGAAAUCGAGGAGAUGAAUUACUCGUUCGACCUGCAGCUGGCCAAGGAGGACGCCAAGAGGGUGGCCAUCAAGGAGGAGCAGUACGAUCCCGGUUACGAGGACGCCUACGGUGGAGCUUACGGCGUGCCACCGGCCGAGGGAGGCCAGAGUCAGGCCAACGGACACUGUGCAUUCUCACCAAGCCAGGAAAACAGUGUUGCAGAGGCCGGAGGACAGGAGGCGAGCACGUCGAAGAGUUCCCAACUUCCCGAUGGACAGGGGAUGACGCAGUCGUGUGCCGAUCAGAUUCCGGACACAAGCGGCAGAGGAGGAGGAGGAGAAGCCGUAGGAGCUAGCCAGGCCCCCGCCGUAUGACGACAAAUUCUUACAGAUUUUUUAAAACAUUACUUCCUUAGUGGAAUAUAAACACCUAGAUAGACUUUGUAGAAAUUGCAGAAUAUUCUUUCUGCACUGGUUUUAAAUUUUAGUUUGUGGUAUAAUGAUCUCAAGGGCAGCCAUUUUACACUCGCAUGAAAUACAGGGACAAUGACUUUGUUUUUGUUUUUUUAAGCUGUCCUUUGAUAAAAUGGGGUUUGUACUUGGCACUCCAAACCAGCUGGGAGCAGCAUAAUACCAGAAUGUUGAGCAGGAUAAUGGAUUGGAAAUGCUAACUCACCUAGCAUUGUUUGUUUUACCGUUUACAUUCCAACUCCCAGUAUGGGGAUGCACCCCUUAGUUUGUUGUAUGUCCCAAUACCUUUGUUCAUUGAAUAAGUGGACAAAAGUAUUGAGACGUGCUCUGACCCGUUAAUAGGUGUGAACCAAAUUAAUACUUUUGUCCACUUUGCUCUUUGCACCCUAUGGACUUAAUUGCUCCCUAUUUUUAAUCGUGUUUACAUUUUCACUGCACACUGAUGCAGUAAACAAGCGAGCAUACUCAACUACUGUUUUGAUCGCAGGGAUGAUGUCAUCAUUGAGAAUUACCUCAGCAGCCUUUCAUCAGGAGUUUUAUUUUUUUCCUAGGACUUUUUAGAAUCUGUUUCUGAAAAUGACAAGGUUUUAUGAUGUUUCGUCCAUUAAAAAUGUCCUGAUGGUGCUUUUUAUA